AUCACAAACCAUAAUACUUAGAUUGCUUGAUUAAGCCAUGUAGUUUCCUCAUCUUUCUAAAUUGAUACAUUCAAAUCUCACCCACUCAACCCUCAUUUCCUAAGAACUUUCCGGAACAUUUGAGAUUCACCUGUCACAUUCUCCACUCUCACAAGUCACAUCAUCUCCAUCUUCCUUUUCCUUGAUUCCCUCCAUUUCCUUAAAUCCCCCAAAACCCUCCUUCAAACCUUCACCCAUCAUCAAAAUUCCUUCUUUUCUCUCGCGCAUUUCAUCAAACACUUCAUCUUCAACCUCUCAAACUUCCUCGUCAAUGGCGGACGACGGCGUUGUAGUACUCUACGACGGAACCAUCAUCACCACCGAUCAGCCCACAACUAACCCUAACCCGUAUUCAAUCAAAGUCGGGUUAACCCAGAUUCUCCGUGGUGGUGCAAUCGUCGAAAUAUCCGACCCCACACAAGCCAAAAUCGCCGAAAAUGCCGGCGCAUGUUGCAUUUCUAUCGUCGGAGAUCACGGAAGAAUGUCAAACCCAUCUCUAAUCAAACAAAUAAAACGCACCGUUUCGAUACCCGUAAUCGGAAAAUCUCGGGUCGGCCAUUUCGUCGAAGCCCAGAUCAUCGAAUCAUCAGGAUCCGACUACAUUGACGAAAACGAGGUUUUAUUGAUUGCUGACGAGGACAAUUUCAUCAACAAACACAAUUUUAGGGUUCCAUUUAUUUGUGGGACCCGAAAUUUGGGCGGAGCUUUGAGGAGGAUCCGAGAAGGUGCUGCAAUGAUUCGGACUCAAGGGGAUUUAUCUGGGUCGGGUAAUAUUGCUGAAACAGUUGGUAAUGUUAGGAAGAUAAUGGGUCAUGUGAGAAUGUUGAAUAACAUGGAUGAUGAUGAAGUUUUUACCUUUGCUAAGAAUAUUGGGGCUCCUUAUGAUUUAGUUGCACAAACUAAACAAAUGGGCCGGCUUCCGGUUGUUCAUUUCGCUUCCGGUGGGAUUGUUACUCCUGCUGAUGCUGCAUUGAUGAUGCAAUUGGGUUGUGAUGGUGUUUUUAUUGGGGUUGAGGUUUUUGAUGGCGUUUCGGACCCGUUUAAGCGGGUUCGGGCUAUUGUGGAGGCUGUGAGGAAUUAUAAUGAUCCGGCUGUGUUGGUGGAUGUGUGUACCGGGUUUAGUGAUGCAAUGGCGAGGUUGAAUGUUGAUGAUGAUAACAGGGUGGUUGAAGUUUGAUGGAAUUGAACUAAUGGGAGGUAUGGUUGUUCUCAAAAUACACCAAUAAUCAUAUCGUGUAAGGAUAUGAUAAAUUGAUAAAUCGGGUUGGGUUCAGGUUGGCUUUGUGUUCUCGUAUUGUGUCGUGUAAAGUAAUAACCAACGCUAAAGAACUUCCACAAGAACAUUUUCGGUUAUUUUGAUUUCUUUUUUU